AUGGCUCCAUCUGCUAAGGCUACUGCUGCUAAGAAAGCUGUUGUUAAAGGUACCAAUGGUCAAAAGGCUUUGAAGGUUAGAACCUCUCCAACCUUCAGAUUGCCAAAGACCUUGAAAUUGGCUAGAAAACCAAAAUACGCUUCCAAGUCAGUUCCACAUUACGUCAGAUUGGACUCUUACAAAGUCAUUGAACAACCUAUCACUUCUGAAACCGCUAUGAAGAAGGUUGAGGAUGGUAACACUUUGGUCUUCCAAGUUUCCAUGAAAUCUAACAAGCAUCAAAUCAGAAAAGCCGUUAAGGAAUUAUACGAAGUUGACGUACUAUCCGUUAACACUUUGGUCAGAACAAACGGUACCAAGAAAGCUUUUGUCAGAUUAACUGCUGAUUACGAUGCUCUAGACAUUGCUAACAGAAUUGGUUACAUCUAA